AUGUGGUCGCACUUCAGGAGGAACUGGACGCACAAGUUGUGCACCUUGAUGGACGAUCUGUUAUGCUGGUCGCCACGCAUACGGAACCCGUUUCGGGAGCGGAGGGCGAGCUCAAUGUUGUUCUGGGAUGCAACUGAGCCGGGCGACAUUCAGCCUUCUCUGAUGCAUACCUCACUCCCUCCGCUUGUUACACAGGUCAUAUCUGUUGGCCCAGAAAUGUAUACAUACUCCUCAGGAUGGUCUCCUAGGUUUCAGCCAACUUGUAGAAAAUCAAACAGGUGGAAGCUGUUAACAGGUGCCCAGAUGACAUCACCACCCAAACUUGGCUCUGAUACAAGGUUGAUUGCCAAGCGUAAAAUCCACGUGCUCACCUUCCCUUCAGCAGAAAUAUGGCCCCGCCAUGGCUCCCCACAGUACAAUGCUCAAAAGAACACGCGCGGGAAUAUGGAAGCGACAAUCAAAAGUGCAUCCGGUACAAUUAAACGAGACCUCUCCCAGCCAUCUGCAAGGGAUGAGGUGGUUGAGACUCUUCACACGAGCGGGUGGAUCAUAAUCAAGGGCGGAGCCACGACAACGUCUCCUCAUGAGGCUCAAGAUAAUAAGUAUGUGGUUGCCCUCCUUUCCCAUGCGAACGCAGAUAUUCGGAUAGGCCCUUCCGGGCCUGUACACCAUGAUCAAAUCCCGAAUCCUCCAAUUGCUCGUGCCCCUGACUGGAGGGAUAUGGCCAGCAGGACUAAAAUUGUUGCUGUUAUGGCAUACCAUCUACAAGGCAAUCCAGACAGCGCAUGGAGGUGGGGUUAUGAUAAAGGCCUGAAGGAAGAACAAAUGGGGGAGGAGGAACUGGUUCAAGCAUCGGGCGGUGACCUGAUUAUUUGCAAUGCCUGGCUGGCGCGACGUGUGCUCCCAAAGCCGCAAAGCGAGCUUGAUCUCAUUUAUGUGAACUACUCCUCACUUGCAUGA